CCUCCCGAGCAGCCCUUGCCACCAGCUCCCUGUCCGCCCCGGAAUCCCAGAGACUACGGGAGCCGAGUGUACCUGGGCCGUGGAGGAAACCGGUCCCUGGACCGGAGAGGAGGCGUACUAAGCCGGGAAAGAUCUCAGAGCCGCAGGUCCACCGUGGGGCCUCAGGGGAGCAGACCUACGGAGCUUGAGGCCGGCAGACAAACUUUGGAGACAGAGGCAGAGAGAGACAGAGUACCGCCAAUCUCUAGAUCAACAAGCAGAGAAGAUUCCAAGUCUGCUGGUCUUCACCGUGGCCCUUGAGGAAGCAAACUUGGCUGUAGACCCUUGGACCUGGAAAAGCUACAGCCCCACCUGGGAGCAGGAUGGUGGCAGGGGACGUGGUAGAAGCCCAGAAGAUGCCCCAUGGCUACUGAGGGGGCUGCCCAGUCUGGGAGUGGAGUGGCAGGCAUGGUGUGCAGUCUAUGGGUCCUAGUCCUAGGACCCUCAGUUCUGGCUCUGGAAGAAGUGUUACUGGAUACCACAGGAGAGACCUCUGAGAUUGGCUGGCUCACCUACCCACCAGGUGGGUGGGACGAGGUGAGUGUUUUAGAUGACCAGCGCCGUCUGACUCGGACCUUCGAAGCAUGCCAUGUUGCAGGGGCCCCUCCAGGCACCGGACAGGACAAUUGGCUGCAGACACACUUUGUGGAGCGGCGAGGGGCCCAGAGGGCACACAUCCGACUACACUUCUCUGUGCGGGCAUGCUCCAGCCUGAGUGUGAGCGGGGGCACCUGCCGGGAGACCUUCACACUUUACUACCGCCAGGCUGAGGAGCCUGACAGCCCUGACAGCAUUUCAGCCUGGCACCUCAAACGCUGGACCAAGGUGGACACAAUUGCAGCAGAUGAGAGCUUCCCUGCUUCUUCCUCUGCAUGGACUUUAGGACCCCACAGGACUGGUCAGCGGGCCGGGCUACAGCUGAAUGUCAAGGAGCGCAGCUUUGGCCCUCUUACCCAGCGUGGUUUCUAUGUGGCCUUUCAGGACACUGGGGCCUGCUUGGCUCUUGUAGCAGUCAAGCUCUUCUCCUACACCUGCCCCACUGUGCUCCGUGCCUUUGCCUCCUUUCCUGAGACUCAGGCCAGUGGGGCUGGGGGGGCCUCCCUGGUGGCAGCUGUGGGCACCUGUGUGGUUCAUGCAGAACCAGAGGAGGAUGGAGUGGGAGGCCAGGCAGGGGGCAGCCCCCCAAGGCUGCACUGCAAUGGGGAGGGAAAAUGGAUGGUGGCCGUUGGGAGCUGUCGCUGCCAGCCUGGACACCAGCCUGCACGUGGAGACAAAGCCUGCCAAGCCUGCCCUGUGGGGUCCUACAAGUCCUUGGCUGGGAAUGCCCCCUGCUCACCAUGCCCAGCCCGCAGCCACGCCCCUGACCCUGCUGCCCCUGUUUGCCCUUGCCUCCAGGGCUUCUACCGGGCCAGUUCUGACCCACCUGAGGCCCCCUGCACUGGCCCUCCAUCAGCUCCCCGGGAGCUUUGGUUCGAGGUGCAAGGCUCGGCACUCAUGCUGCACUGGCGCCUGCCACAAGAGCUGGGGGGCCGAGGGGACCUGCUUUUCAAUGUUGUAUGCAAGGAGUGCGGAGGUCACCAGGAGCCCAGCAAUGGGGGCAUGUGUCGUCGCUGCAGGGAUGAGGUGCAUUUUGACCCCCGCCAGAGGGGACUGACUGAAAGUCGAGUAUUGGUCGGGGGGCUCCGAGCACACAUACCUUACAUCUUGGAAGUGCAGGCUGUCAAUGGAGUGUCUGAGCUCAGCCCUGACCCUCCCCAAGUUGCAGCCAUCAAUGUCAGCACCAGUCACGAAGUCCCCUCUGCAGUCCCUGUGGUACACCAGGUGAGUCGGGCAGCCAAUAGCAUCACAGUGUCCUGGCCACAGCCCGACCAGACAAAUGGGAACAUUCUGGACUAUCAGCUCCGCUACUAUGACCAGGCAGAAGACGAAUCCCAUUCCUUCACCUUGACCAGUGAGACCAACACUGCCACUGUGACACGGCUGAGCCCUGGCCACAUCUACGGCUUCCAGGUGCGGGCUCGGACAGCAGCUGGCCACGGUCCCUAUGGGGGCAAAGUCUAUUUUCAGACACUGCCUCAAGGUGAGCUGUCUUCCCAGCUUCCGGAGAAGCUGUCCUUGGUGAUUGGCUCCAUCCUGGGGGCCUUGGCCUUCCUCUUGCUGGCAGCCAUCACUGUGCUGGCUGUCAUCUUCCAGCGGAAACGGCGUGGGACAGGCUACACAGAGCAACUGCAGCAGUACAGCAGCCCAGGGCUUGGGGUAAAGUAUUACAUUGACCCCUCCACAUAUGAGGACCCCUGCCAGGCCAUCCGAGAACUUGCCCGGGAGGUCGACCCUGCAUACAUCAAGAUUGAGGAGGUCAUUGGCUCAGGCUCCUUUGGAGAAGUGCACCGGGGCCGACUGCAGCCCCGGGGACGGCGGGAACAGGCUGUGGCCAUCCAAGCCCUUUGGGCUGGGGGAGCUGAGAGCCUGCAGAUGACCUUCCUAGGCCGGGCUGCACUGCUGGGCCAGUUUCAGCACCCCAACAUCCUGAGGCUAGAGGGGGUGGUCACCAAGAGCCGGCCUCUCAUGGUGCUCACAGAGCUCAUGGAUCUUGGUCCCCUGGACAGCUUCCUCAGGCAGCGCGAGGGCCAGUUCAGCAGCCUGCAGCUGGUGGCUAUGCAGCGGGGAGUGGCUGCUGCCAUGCAGUACCUUGCCAGCUUUGCCUUUGUGCACCGUGCACUCUCUGCCAGAAGUGUGCUGGUGAAUAGCCACCUAGUGUGCAAGGUGGCCCGUCUUGGCCACAGUCCUCAGGGCUCAAGUUGUUUGCUUCGCUGGGCAGCCCCUGAGGUCAUUGCACAUGGAAAGCAUACCAUCUCUAGUGAUGUCUGGAGCUUUGGGAUACUUAUGUGGGAAGUGAUGAGCUAUGGAGAACGGCCCUACUGGGACAUGAGUGACCAGGAGGUACUAAAUGCAAUAGAGCAGGAGUUCCGGCUGCCUCCACCUCCAGGUUGUCCUCCUGGACUACAUUUGCUGAUGCUGGACACUUGGCAGAAGGAUCGUGCAAGGCGGCCUCACUUUGACCAGUUGGUGGCUGCAUUUGACAAGAUGAUCCGAAAGCCAGACACCCUGCAAGCUGAUGGGGGCCCUGGGGACAGACCUUCCCAGGCCCUCCUGAACCCUGUGGCCCUGGACUUUCCUUGCUUGGACUCACCCCAGGCCUGGCUUUUGGCCAUUGGACUGGAAUGCUAUCAGGACAACUUCUCCAAGUUUGGCCUCUGUACCUUCAGCGAUGUGGCUCAGCUCAACCUGGAAGACCUGCCAGCCCUGGGCAUCACCCUGGCUGGCCACCAGAAGAAGCUGAUGCACAAUAUCCAGCUCCUUCAGCAGCACCUGAGGCAGCCAGGUUCAGUGGAGGUGUGAGUGAGGCGUGGGCAAAAAGCUGUAAGCCAACGAUACCAUGACCCAGCCCUGGACACAGGGACACAUGAGAUGUGAGCCAGACUCCAUCUCACCCUCCACAUCUGCCACACUAAACCCAAUGCUGUGGACACUACAUUCCCCAGUCCUCCACCCUCCCCACAACCAGUCUCCCCAACAUUAAAGGGAAAGAAGGGAAAUUGCAAGUUCAGGUGUGUCCAGGCUUCAGUCUACAAGGAGGGGCU